AUGGCUUUUGAUUGGACGUGGAACCUCAUGCCGUUACUAAACUACCUGAACGCUGUGGCUUCAGGCCAAGCUCCCAGAAGAGCACCUGCAGCUCAGCCUCCAGCGGCAGCUGCACCAUCUGCAGUUGGCUCACCUGCCGACGCACCCCCGCAGCAGGGCCUGAUGGCCCAGAUGACAACCACUGCAGCGAGUGUGGCUGUGGGCUCUGUGGCGGGGCACACCCUGGGUCACGCCAUCACUGGGGGCUUCGGUGGAGGAGGUGACGCUGAGCCCACAAAGCCUGACAUCACUUCCCAGGAGCCUCAGGGACCCCAGCUGCUGGACCAGCAGUCUCUUGGGCCUUGCUCUCUUGAGAUCAAGCAGUUUCUGGAGUGUGCCCAGAAACAGAAUGACGUCAAGCUCUACGAGGGCUUCAACGAGGUGCUGCGGUGGCGCAGACUUCCAAAUGGUUUAAUCUAA